AAAAAUAAGCGCGCAAUUUAAACACAGAGUACUCGCUGUGAUUUGCUACUCACAGGAAUAUGAAGUUAAAAUAACUAAGUAAACUUUUAUCGUAGAAAAGAAAAUUGACAGACGAUGAAGUGUAACAUCAGUGAUGACGCUGAGAAUGUCGCGGUGUUUGAGUCAGAGGAGCGCAUGCAGAAAGCAUGCGCGCCUGCAUGGGCGUCUCCCUCGUUGCCAUGACAACGAGCGAUACAACACAUACAACUCUCUACAACCAUACAAAUAUCACCAGCGACAAUGCCAAUAAGUAUAAAGUGGAUGGAGUCCUGAGUGCGCUGUUGCUCUCUUAUCCAUAUCCAAUAUUCAAAUGGAACAAGAAGACGCAAGACGCGAUCCUGUCGUCGUUCUUCUGGGGCUACGUGGUGCUACAGGUCCCGGCUGGGCAGCUUGCGCACCGUUUGGGCGCGCGCCGCCUGCUCGCCGGCGCGCUGUUUGUCAACGCGCUCGUUUCCUUCUGCCUGCCCUGGGCCGCUUAUUAUGGAGGAUGGGCCUGGGUCGCAGUCUUUAGGAUAAAGCAGGGCUUGAGUCAAGCCUGCAUCAUGCCUGGUAUACACACAUUGCUCGGUAAGUGGACGCCGCUGAGAGAGAGGAGCCGUCUAACUGCCUGGGUGCAUGGGGGUCAUGCGUUAGGGCCAGUGUUGGGUCUUCCAGUGACAGGUUUCAUCGCCUCCUCUCCGCUGGGCUGGCCGGGCGUGUUCCGCUUUUACGGCGUGCUGGCGGCGCUCGUGGGCGCGCUAAUCUGGUAUCUGACGGCCGACACGCCCGCCAAACACCCUUAUAUAACAUAUGGAGAGAAGCUAUAUAUUGAAAAUGAUAUAGGGGAUGACUCGCAGAAACCAAAGACAGUUCCGUGGCGUAAGAUACUGAGUCACCGCGGCAUGUACGCCAUUAUAGCGGCCCAUAUCGCGCAGGUCUGGGGCCAAAUCAUUUUGUAUGGGGAAUUGCCGUAUUUUAUGGAUAAAGUCAUGGAGGUCAACAUUAAAGCGAACGGCAUGCUCACUGCCCUGCCGUUUCUUGUCAUGUGGUUCACCAACUUCUUCUUCAGCUGGGUCGCUGACAAACUCAUUGUUAAGAAGAUCCUCAGUGUAACACACACCAGGAAACUUGCUACUUCUGUUGGUAGCCUUUCAGCUGCAAUUGGUCUAAUCGUGCUAGCAUUUGUGCCAAAGAAAUUAGUGAUCGUAGAAACUGUUCUGGUUGUACUUGUCGGAUUCAAAGUGACGACGCACGCGGGUGUCUAUGUGAAUAACAUCGACAUAUCGCCAAACUUCUCUGGCGCUAUGAUGAGCAUCAGUAACUUCAUAUCCAAUUUGUGCGCCUCUCUGGCACCCAUCGUCACCGCCUUCAUACUGACUGACGUUACAAGCGAAUAUCUUUGGAGGCAGGUAUUCUUCGUCGCUGCCGGUAUAUAUUUUGUUUCUAAUCUUGUAUACUUGAUUCUUGGGACAGCUGAGCGAGCUGAAUGGAACGACCUACCGAAAAAACAGAUUACCAUAAAUGUUGAAGAAUGUAAUCCUAUGCUGGAUACGGAAGGGAAAUGA